GCAGAUUUUUAAAGGCAAAUAGGUACUUAUACUUACAUGUUUAUUUCAAUUUGUAAUUUGAAGGUUUCUUGUAGGUAAUGACUCUAAUGAAAUUAUUAUUUGAAACCACAAAAGUGAGGCAAACUAAUUUAACUAUAAAUAUAAAUGUUACUUGUAAUGGCACUUUCGAGAAGACGCAUAAAAUAAUUGUACCCAUCUGCAGUACUGACACCGACUAAUCAUUAAAACCACAAACAAUUUACUCCUUUACUUUUACAAAGUUUGCGGUAAUAGCAGCUCUAUACGAUAUGCUUUUACUUGGAUCGUGACGGCGCGAGUCCCGUUCUUUCUCUGCUAGAGCUCAGUCUGACUAUCACCUCGCUGGCUGUAAGUGGCCGGCCUUUGCCCAAAACUUACUAAAGAAAAAAUGCACCACUGACGCACGCAUUGGCGCGAAUUCGAAAGUUAAACUUUAUUUUUUGUUUAUUUUCCAAUGUUUUAAAAAAAGAGUUCGUUAAUGGUUAGACGAAUUUGUGUUGCGUACUUUCGUUUAAAUAUUUUUAGUUUGUGUGUGAUUUAGUUAGGAUAGUUUUUUCUUAUUUCAAAAUGGUGCGGCGAUACAUCGUUUGUUUGUGCAUCCUAAGCUGCCUGCACGUGGCGCGGCCACAGACCACGACCCCCGCGGCCCCCUCCCCUGCCCCCGCAGCCCCCGCCGCCGCCCCCCGCGCGGAUGUAGCCGAGGAGGACCCCCCAGAGGGGUAUUAUGCGUUUGUGGAGUCGCCUAAUGCCACGCCGCCUAGAGUCCGCCCUCCCCCCUACCGGCAAGUCUCCACAGACUGCAGCGAGGCGCGCGACCCGCGGCCGCACGUCACUGCUAACAACUUGUGCGGGGACUUGAAUAGAGGAGUCAUACCCAGGAACCCCAUGGGACAUAGUCUGAAUGGGGAGCCUUAUCCUUUCGAGCUCCUACGCAACCUGACGCUGAAGUUCCUGUCCCGGACACUGCCAGUACUACGAGCGGACGACACAUUACCCCGUGUGACCCAUCUGACUCAUAAUGAUGUGGCGGAGCUAGGGCCCUCAUGGCCCUUAAUUCCUCAUAUCCUUCACAGAGUAUCCGACCGCUACAAGCGCUCGGCCUCCGCCGACCUCCCAGUAGAACAUCGUGAAGAGCCGAGGGAUAGUCGCAAGUUCUGUGACAACGGCGGAGUAUUCUGUAUGCUGUACCGCGCCAUCAACGGCGACAGCUCGAGCGCGGGCGUGGAGCGGCGCGAGGACCCGGGGCCGCCGCCGCACGCGCCGCACCAGCCGCCGCCGCCCAGAUACGAGGGUCCGCCCACCCCGUGCCCGGCUCGCGUGGAGUACGCCACGCCGGUAUUCGCUCGCAACUACCAGGGCGUGUGGCGCUACGUCGUGCAGAUACCGUAUGAGGGGUACUUCACGCAGACUGUGGAGGUCACUCGUUGCAUGCAAUCCCGCUGCCACUACCUGGACGGCGGGUGCCUCUCCUCCCCUCGCUGGGUGUCUCUCCUAGUGGCAGAACUGCACUACCCCGGCGCCGCCGCCACGCCCGCGCCCGCGCCGCAGCCCGCUGACUUCCAGGACUACCAGCAAUACCUUCAGAAGCGCGCCGGUCAGCCGAGCGACGCGACCAGCACCGAGAAGCCCGCGCACUGCGACGGACACGACGAGCUGGGCUGCUACCAGGUGCGUCUGUACUACGACUGGUUCCUAGUCCCGGGCUCGUGCAAGUGCUGGCGGCCCGACUACUUCGCGCGGUACGUGCGCCGCCGCCACUCCACCACCGAGCUGUAGGGAAAGUCAGGAGUGAGGAGUGUGGUGAUGAAGAGAGAUGGGUGAAGAAAGGGAGUUGUGACAAUCAGGCGUCGUCCUAAUACACUCACGUGCAAAAAAAAGUUCCACUUUCAAAACCCCAACUUUUAAGAUUUAAUUUAGAAUUUCAUCAAAAUAGGUAUUUACGUACUUACUUUUCUCACUGGAACUUUUUCAGUGCCCGUGAGUGUAGAACGCCAGAUGUAUUGGCGCGACUAAAAUGUGUGUAUGCAAACCGGCAUGGCAAUUGUUGCGAUUCGGGUUCUAUUAGGACGAUGCUUCAUGGAGAAACAUACACAUAUAUAUACAUAUGAUUAUUAUAUGAAGUGUUGGUGUUGUGCAAAAUAAACCGGCUUCCAAUACAUAUAAACUGAAAUCCCAUGACCUGAUACCGAUGCUCUGAUAAACGUUUUAAGGAACUAAGGAGUCACAUAGUUAUCAAACAUUCAAACUCAAUCUGAAUAUGGUGUGAUCAUGAUGAUUAUAUUCUUGCUGCUUUCAUUGAACGGGGAAUAGGAGUUAUGUCGUGAUGUCUCAUUUGUCCAUUUUGGACCAAUCGGGUUAUGAUUUUUAAUUUAUAAAUAUUAAGUUAUAUGAGCUAAGUACUUAUGUAUGGUGCUAAAUCUGUUGUGAAUUCUAAGACUGUCUCUAUUUAUUAUUAUGUAUAAUUUUCCAUUUAUUUGAUAGACAUAAGAUAAAUAAACCAAAAUGCAUAAUAUAUUUUAGGAUCUCUUCUUCUUUUAUUUAUUAACUUCGUGCAAAUAUUUGCUUGUAAGUGUAUUGUGUGUAAAAUUUAGAAUAAUCAGCUCAAAUGUGCAUUUAUUAUCAUUAUAAAAAAUAUAAUUUAUUAUGUAAGUAAUUUAAAAUUUUAAGCUAGGUAUUGCAAAUUCGUUUAGGUAAGAUUAAGGAAUCUAUUAAUAAA